AGGGAGGCGGGAGGCGGAGGUUGGAGGUGGAGAGGUCCUUUUUCUGCACUUGAACGCAGACGGAGGCGCACAUACAGCGUGGGAGCCAAGCAACAGUGCCGCUGUUCACACCGACGCCGCGCGCACUCACCCAGCCGCGCCGUUUUGGAGAUAAUACAAAGUUGGUUUUCCUUGUUUCUUUGGAGCAUAUUUGGAGCCGAGCCGUUCUCUUAACAAGAAGUGGACGACUUACUUUUUGGGUGGGAAGACCUUAAACGUGAGGAGUAGUUGAAAACUUUUUUUUUCUUUUUCUUUUUGCGUUUGUUUUUACGCACAAUGGAAGGUAAAGUAACAAGCCGUUUGUGGCGAGGAUCACCGUGUGGAUCUUUCAGGUAAAAGGCGAUAUGACUUGAGCAAUUGUAUCCCAUGUCCAUGACAGGAGUUCCCACGUCCUUUUGUUUGGAKACACUUUAGCUUUAAUCAGGAACUUAUUUUUUAAAGCAGCUGAAGGAUCGGCCCCUUCCAAUUAGACAUAAAUUGCCAAACUAUAUUGCUUUGCUGUCAACCCUAGAUGGGCUUUAUUAGCCGAUCACCACCGCACUGAGAAACCCCAGAGGAACUGACCGUGUCAUCACACUGAUUUUAAAACUUUUACUAUUAUUAAUAUUAUUAUUUCCACCAAACCUCUAAGCUGCUGCAGAGCGCUCUCAAGACUCACACUAAACCAGAAGCAAUCUCACCUUUUUUUUUUUUUUACACUUUACCAUCAUCAAGCACUUUUCAAGAAAAUCGGAUAUAAAGGAGACCGUCUUUUGCCUUCAAUCCGUUUGGAAAGGAAAGCCCUUUAAACCCACCUGGAAUCUGCUGGGAUUAUUGAGUUGAAAUCGUCACCAGAGACUAGAUUACAGCUUCCAACUCCUGAAAAGAUGAACCUGAGACUGUCUGGUGCCAUUCAGCCAGUUUACUGGCUGUUUAACAGCUUGUUGGACUCCAGAAACUGCGUCUUCGCCCUGACGCUCGUUACGCUGCUCAUGCAGGUGGUGAUGGAGGCAAAUUCCUGGUGGUCUUUGGCCAUGAACCCUUUACUGCUCCCAGAGGCCUACAUCAUCGGCGCCCAGCCUCUGUGCAGCCAGCUGCCGGGUCUGUCCGCGGGCCAGAAGAAGCUGUGCCAGCUCUACCAGGACCACAUGCAGUACAUCGGUGAGGGCGCCAAGAUGGGGAUCAGAGAGUGCCAGUACCAGUUCAGACAUCGGCGCUGGAACUGCAGCACCGUGGACAACUCCUCUGUUUUUGGACGUGUCAUGCAAAUAGGCAGCCGAGAAACGGCGUUCACCUACGCCAUCAGUGCGGCGGGGGUGGUGAACGCCGUGAGCCGUGCCUGCAGAGAGGGCGAGCUCUCCAGCUGCGGGUGCAGCCGCGCCGCUCGUCCCAAAGAGCUCCCCCGAGACUGGCUGUGGGGCGGCUGCGGAGACAACCUGAACUACGGCUACAGGUUCUCCAAGGAGUUUGUGGACGCACGCGAGAGGGAGAAAACCUACCCGAAAGGCUCUUAUGAGAGUGCGCGGCUGCUGAUGAAUAUUCACAACAACGAGGCGGGAAGAAGGAUGGUGUCAGAACUUGCAGAUGCCCAAUGCAAGUGUCAUGGGGUGUCRGGCUCCUGCAGCCUCAAGACCUGCUGGCUGCAGCUGGCUGACUUCCGUAAGGUGGGAGACGCGCUCAAGGAGAAGUACGACAGUGCCGCUUCCAUGAAACUCCACCCGCGUGGGAAACUGGUGCCGAUGCACAGCAAGUUCAACCCGCCCACGAAUUACGACUUGGUGUACAUCGAAUCCAGUCCAGACUACUGCUUGAAGAACCAAAGCACGGGCUCUCUGGGCACGGUGGGGCGCCUCUGCAACAAGACCUCAGAGGGCAUGGAUGGGUGCGAGCUGAUGUGCUGCGGCAGAGGCUACGAUCAGUACAAGGCCACAAUAGUGGAGCGCUGCCACUGCAAGUUCCACUGGUGCUGCUACGUCAAGUGCAAGCGCUGCACCAGAAUCGUAGACCAAUUCGUCUGUAAGUGAGAGGAGACGCGUCGGCUUACAGAUGAUGGGCGUCCAUCUGUGUGAAUUCAUGAGCGGUGGGGGAAGGAGAGAAGAGAACGGAAGAAAGAAACUAUAUAAAUUAUAUUUAUAGAGUUAACAAUUAUGUCUUUGGAACAAAAAAAAAACAACAAAAAAAAUCUUAUAAAAAC